AUGACUGAUGUCCCCGAAACCCUGGCCAUUCGCACUUCUGACGGCUGUCUGUUCCAUGUCCCUGUGUCUCCCUGUCUAGGAAGCUAUUUUGCCAGCCACUUCAUCAUGGGAGGAGAGAAGUUUGACUCCACGCACCCCGAAGGUUACCUCUUUGGCGAGAACAGUGAUCUGAACUUCUUGGGGACCAGGCCAGUGGCGUUUCCUUACGCCGCCCCACCUCCCCAAGAGCCCGUGAAGAGCCUGAGAAGCCUGAUCAACAUCCGAAAGGACACCCUAAGACUCGUAAAGUGUGCCGAGGAGGUGAAGACCCCCGGAGAAGGGACGGGCAGGGCCAGAGCCCACUACAACGUGGAGUUCACCUUUGACACCGACGCCCGGGUGGCCAUCACCAUCUACUAUCAGGCCACGGAGGAGUUCCAGAACGGGAUUGCCAGCUACACGCCCAAGGACAACAGCCUGCAGUCGGAGACGGUGCACUACAAGCGGGGCAUCUGCCAGCAGUUCUGCCUGCCGUCCCACACCGUGGACCCCUCGGAGUGGGCAGAGGAGGAGCUUGGCUUUGACCUGGACCGGGAGGUGUACCCUUUAGUGGUCCACGCGGUGGUGGAUGAAGGAGACGAGUAUUUUGGCCAUUGCCAUGUACUGCUGGGCACUUUUGAAAAGCACACCGACGGCUCGUUCUGCGUCAAGCCCCUCAAACAGAAGCAAGUGGUAGAUGGGGUCAGCUACCUCCUUCAGGAGAUCUAUGGAAUUGAAAACAAGUACAACACACAAGAGUCUAAGGUGACUGAGGACGAGGUCAGCGACAACAGUGCUGAGUGUGUGGUGUGUCUCUCGGACGUCCGGGACACCUUGAUUCUGCCCUGCCGCCACCUCUGCCUGUGCAACACGUGCGCCGACACCCUGCGCUACCAGGCCAACAACUGCCCCAUCUGCCGACUGCCCUUCCGGGCACUGCUUCAGAUCCGCGCCAUGAGGAAAAAAUUGGGCCCCUUGUCCCCAACCAGCUUCAACCCCAUCAUCUCCUCCCAGACAUCUGACUCGGAAGAGCACUCAUCCUCAGAGAACAUUCCGCCCGGUUAUGAAGUGGUGUCUCUUCUGGAAGCCCUCAAUGGGCCCCUCACCCCAUCCCCGGCGGCUCCUGCCCUCCAUGUGCUUGGAGACAGCCACCUCUCAGGCAUGCUCCCCUCGUAUGGCAGCGAUGGCCACCUGCCCCCUGUCAGGACGCUGUCCCCGCUAGACCGCCUGUCUGACUGUGGCGGCCAAGGAGUCAAGCUCAAAAAGAGUCUCUCCAAGUCUGUCUCCGAGAACUCCUCCGUGUUGCAUGAAGAGGAGGAUGAGCGUUCUUGCAGCGAGUCAGAGACCCCGCUCUCUCAGAGACCGUCGGCUCAGCAUCUGGAAGAGGAAUGUGGCGUGACUCCAGAAAGUGAGAAUCUCACCAUGUCAUCGUCGGGAGCCAUUGACCAGUCGUCUUGCACAGGGACGCCUCUCUCCUCCACCAUCUCCUCCCCGGAAGACCCUGCCAGCAGCAGUCUGGCCCAGUCCGUCAUGUCCAUGGUAUCGUCCCAGAGCCGCCACUCCCAGAUCAGCACCGACACGGUCUCCUCCAUGUCGGGCUCGUACGUCGCCCCCGGCACUGAGGAGGACGGAGAGGCGCUCCCGUCGCCCCGGACCGCCAGCAGGGCCCCCUCAGAAGAAGGAGAGGUGACGCCGGCAGCCUCUCCGGACAGCAACUUCGUUGGCCUCGUCGCCGAGGAGCAGGACGCGGAGGGAAAUGAUGUUAUAGAGGAAGAGGAUGGAUCCCCCACACAAGAAGAUGGCCAGAGGACACGCGCAUUUCUAGGUAUGGAGUGUGACAAUAACAAUGACUUUGGCAUCGCAAGCGUGAAAGCACUGGACAAUAAGCUGUGCCCUGAGGUCUGCUUACCUGGCACCUGGCCGGCCGAUGACAACGUUGCCAGUGGUCGGCACACACGGCGCCCGCGCUUACCAUCCGGCAGCCUGGAGGACCCCCAGGACAGGCCUUGCGUGUGGGGUCCUUUGGCCGUCUGAGAGCCUGCCCCCUGUCCCUGGCCUCCCCCCGACCCUCACAUCCCAUCCUGGCCUCACUGGACGGCCGGCCUCCUGGGCGUCCUCGGUGAAACCACGAAGACUGUCUACAUCUAGAUGUGGAGGUCAGCCUGCCCCUGCUCCCAGCACCCUUCCCCUCCCAGAAGGAACGGGAAGCCGCCUCUCCUCGGGGGCCAAAGCCUCUCCGUGAACUGCAGCUCCGGAGACCUUCUGCAUGGACUCUCUGGGAGGCACCCACCUUGAUCUUCAGGUGGACCCGAGGUCGUUGUUCCCUGUGCACCUUUUCCUCCUAAGGGGGCACCACCAAGAAGACCUGGAGUCUUGGCAGCUUUGUUAUGAACACACCUCUGGCAUUUUCUGGAACAUCAUAAGCAAUUUGAAAUCUCUAGCGUGGGGUGGGGCUGGGGUGGCCCCAUUAGCCGAGUUUCCCUCAAAAACAUCAGGAGCUCCUUUCUUUACGACGAGAAACUGUGGCAACCAAAAACAACCGUCCUUGCUUCUGGUCACAGAGCUAGUCCCCCGGACCUCGUGCGUCUGUCUGCUUAGGAAGGAGGCCUCGAAUCUGAGAAUCCCCCCCAGUUACAAGGUUACCCUUGGGAGGGUUACUGACCGUCAGGUGCAACCCUGAAGGCCCGGCGCUCCAUCGUAAGGCGACUUUCCAAAAAACACAUCUUCGACCACCUCGUGCGCCAGGUAACCGUGUCAGGAGCUGUCGGACGUUCUCACGGUUCAUCACUACAGCCCGGUCAGGGGGGACUCCUGUUGUCACUGUCCCUGUCCCCCAUGAAACAGUUGAAGAAACUGUGUGAAUGGUCAAAGAAACAGGCUGAGAGGAGUGGAGCAGGGAUUCUCGAGCUGGGGCCUCCCCACCCCAAGUGGUCCCCUUCCCUGCCUUCCGGACCUGCCGAGCUGGAGCAGGGGAGGGGGAGGUGCUUGGCCCACGGGCUCUUUAGAGAUUCAGAGAUUCUACUGUUCAGACCACAUCCACCCCCCCCCACCCCGCCCCCACCACUCCACAGCCCCGUGCAAGGCGGAAGUCUGGAACAGCAAGACCAGGCUGCGGGCUGCUGGGAGUUUCUGCUCUCUCCGUCGGUGGGUCCCACACAGUUCUUGGACGCAUGUGUUGUCUCCUGGCUUUGGGAAAAGGUGCUCUUUCAGUGGAGGAUGAGACCCGGCAAUCUGUGAGGCCGAGAAGCCACAGAGCCGUGGGCUCUGACCGUCAUGGUGGCCUGUCUUUGUAUUUGGAACUGUUACCCUGGGGUUUCCGACACCCCAAAGAGGGCCCCAUGCCCAGGGGAUCCUCACCCCUUCCACGUAGCUUCUUUCCACUGGCAGCGGGGGUGGGGGCCGGAGAGCCUUGCCUGGCCUAGUGGUUAUGGCUCAGGUCCUGCCCUGGUUGGGGGAAUGCCUGCUGUCCCAACAGACACGACAUGGGUCACCCCUGAAUCUCAGCUUCUGUCUUGAGUCCCCACGUCCCUUCUCUGAGGCCUCCUGGGGCCUCUGGACUCUGCUGCUUCGGGCCCCAGGCCUUGUCCUUCUUCCCCCAACACUCCCACGGCCCCUUUUGCGGUUGAGAUUGGAGCAAUAACCCCACUUCCUGAUUUCCUUGAAGUUGAAGCCCCAUGGAGCAGGGAUCUUCCCUCAGCCUGGAGAGGGGGGCACACAGCCUCGCCUCGCCUCGUGGCAGGUCGUUAUCACCGUGGGGUGUUAGCGGAGAUGAAGGAGAUGUAGGUAAACAGCAGGAGCCCUGAGAGGAAGCCAUUAUCAUUGCCCCUCCUGGAGGAUCUGCGUCCCUUACAGCCCAGGCUGGGUCAGAAAUGGCCCUUUCACUCCUGUUCCUCAGCCUGAUCCGUCUGUCUCUCUGUCUCUCUGUCUCUCCUACCUCUUUGUUCUCCUUUGGCUCUUAGGCAAGCAGAAAGACCCCAUCCAGAGGAGCUGGUCUUUAGUCGACUUGAUCAGGGAACAGGGCAGCCCCCGACCUGACCGCGCCCAGUCCGUCAUCUGGGGACAGUUGUGUUAUAAGCAACGGAUCCAUAGGGGAUGGGGUGGGGCCUGGGCGCUCACACGAAGGCACAGACCACCUGGAACCUGUGGCUGCGGCCAGCUCCAGUCCCAGCUCGCCCAUGGCCUCCAGGGGAGCUGAUUUUGGCCGCACAGAGCCUUGCUCCUCCACCCAGUUCCACCCAUCAGUCUAGGCCGCACUGGGGCACCUCCUGGGCACAGAACUGCACACUUUGAGCCCUCUCACCUCGGGAGAGCUCGUGUGCUGUCCACCUGAUCUUGGCAUGCUGGUUGAUCACUUUGCUUUAGGACCUGCACACCUGGCGUGUGUGUGUGUGUGUGUGUGUGUGUGUGUGUGUGUGUGUGUACUGUUUGUGCCAUCAGUGUGCCCCUCUUGCUCCGUGGGGUACACUCGUGGGCACACUACAGUGGGGACAUCAAGGAUGCAAUAUGUAUGGAUUGCUGCAUGAUUCUUUAAAGCGAAUAAAACUGUUUACACGGGAAGGAAAGCA